UCCUGCUGACCUUCAGGAAUUACAGACUAGAGACAAUGGUGAUGCGCAGUCUGACACACUGUCCCCAGGACGUGGUGACCUUCCCAGACGUGGCCGUGAGCUUCACCCCGGAAGAGUGGACAUACCUGGAUGCCUCUCAGAGGAAGCUCUACAGGGACGUGAUGCUGGAGACCUACCAGCACCUGCGCGCCGUCGGGCAGUGCGGGGUGAAGCCUGCAGUGAUCUCCUGGCUGGAAGAAGAAGCCCUGAGGCCGGGGAGGAGAGGCGUGUGUGCGGAACCCAAACCACAGCUCCAAGAUGUGGCAUGGCUGCAGUUUGAUUUGGGAACAGGAUCACCGAAUACAAGUGAGCUGAGAAGCAGCCAGUCCUGGUGGGAUGUCUCUGACCCAGCACAGUGUGACAAAGUCUCGAGAUAG